AUGGAGAAAGUCAGGUGUAUGUUGAGUGAAUCAGGAUUUGGUGAAGAGUUCUGGGCUGAGGCAGCAUCAACAGCAGCAUAUUUGAUCAAUCGAUCACCUUGCUCAGCCAUUGAUCACAAUGUUCCAGAAGAGUUAUGGCUUAACAGAAAGCCUGGUUACAAACACUUGAGGAGAUUUGGCUCAGUUGCUUAUGGUACAAAAGGGUACAAGGUCUGGUUGUUGGAAGAAGAGAAGUGUGUGAUAAGCAGAAAUGUGAUAUUUCAUGAAGAACAAGUGUUUAAAGAUCUGGGUAAUGAAACAGAGAAGGUUACAGAGGGAAAUCUGGAAACUGGUCAGUCAAGUGAGACAAGGGAAAUUGAGAUUGUGGCAGAGACAAGUUCAGAAGAACAACAAGGUCGACAACAAGUUACAGAGAAUCUUGUUCCAGGUGGAGCUACUGAAAACGGUUCAAACGAGACUGAAGAAGAAGAGGAGGAGCAGUAUGAUGAAGACGUGGUUGAUCUAGCUGGUUAUCAACUAGCAAAAGACAGAAAGAUGAGAACUACUGCACCUCCAGCCAGGUUCAAUGAUUACAACAUGGUAGCAUUUGCGUUACUUGUUGCUGAAGAUCUCGAUAUUGAGGAACCACAGUGUUAUCACGAAGCCAUGAAUUCACCAGAAUGGGAAGAGUGGAAUGAUUCAAUGGGUGAUGAGAUGACUUCACUGGCAAAGAACAGGAUUUGGAUAUUGUUGAUCGACCUAAAGACAAGAAAGUCAUUGGUUGCAGGUUUUACACAGAGAGAAGGGAUUGACUACGAUGAAGUCUUUGCUCCUGUUGUAAAACAUGUCUCUAUAAGGAUUCUGAUGUCUGCAGUGGUAAAUCAAGAUUUGGAGCUUGAACAAAUGGAUGUAAAAACUGCAUUCCUUCAUGGAGAUUUAGAUCAAGAGCUAUACAUGGAGCAGCCUGAAGGUUUUGAGGUUGAUAAAGAUAAAGAUCAGGUUUGUUUGCUCAAGAAAUCUUUGUAUGGUCUGAAACAAUCACCUAGAUUGUGGAACAAGAAGUUCAAUCAGUUCAUUAUAGGUGAGAAGUUUGUCAGAAGCCAUCAAGACUCUUGUGUUUAUGUGAAGAAGGUUGAAAGUGGUUACAUGUAUCUUCUACUUUACGUUGAUGAUAUAUUGAUGGCUGCAAAGGAUAUAGCAGAGAUUGUUAAGCUCAAGAGUGCAUUGAGUUCUGAGUUUGAGAUGAAGGAUAUGGGUCCAGCAAGCAGAAUUUUGGGUAUUGAUAUCAGGAGAGACAGAGAAGCGGUGAAAACCUCGUACCUCAAAGUGUUAGUUACAGAAGAUUCAGAAUGCAUUGAUACAGAGAAGUAUCCUUACUCAAGUGUUGUUGGAAGCAUUAUGUAUGCUAUGAUUGGGACAAGGCCGGAUAUAGCUUAUGCUAUUGGGUUAGUCAGCAUGUUUAUGAGUAAGCCAGGGAUGAUGCAUUGGGAAGCUGUGAAAUGGUUGUUGAGGUACAUCAAAGGAUCGUCAGAUUUGGAGGUAGUCUUUACCAAGAACAAGAACUUCAAUAUUCAAGGUUACUGUGAUUCAGAUUUCGCUGGUGAUAGGGACAAAAGGAAGUCUACAAGUGGCUAUGUAUUCACUGUUGGAGGGAACACUAUUAGCUGGAGAUCAAAUUUACAACCAGUUGUGACUCUCUCUACUAUUGAAGCAGAAUACAUUGCAUUGACAGAGGCUGUAAAGGAAGCGAUUUGGAUCAAGGGUCUGCUCAAAAAUAUGGGUUUUGGUGAAGAAAGAGCUAUGGUUUGGUGUGAUUCUCAGUCUGCAAUAUGCUUAUCCAAGAACAAUGUAUUCCAUGAAAGGACAAAGCAUAUUUCAUACAAAUACCAUUUUAUCAGAGAAGUUAUUGAGGAGGGUGAGGUUGAAGUUUCAAAGGUUCACACCUCAGUCAACCCUGCGGAUAUUCUGACCAAGAGUGUUCGUGUGUCAACGUUUGAGUCUGCCUUAGAUGCUCUGAGGCUGAUUCAACGUGGAUGA